AUGGAAGAUGACUUACUAGCCAUUCUGUCCAGCAGCUCAACUCAACCAGACACUCAACCUCUACCAGAAACGACUCAACCUCUACCAGAAACGACUCAACCUCUACCAGAAACAACUCAACCUCUACCAGAAACAACUCAACCUCUACCAGAAACGACUCAACCAACGAGCAGCAUAGACAAGAAAAGAAAGCUUGCAAUAGCCGCACAACCAAAACAAGCCGAGCGUGUUAUUAAGCGAAGUCGCGUGAUUAUGAAGGAUGGUACCGUUGGUGAUAACGUAGCUGUGCCCAUUCCGUCUGUUGACAGGGGACGUGGUGAUCCCAGAAAUAUUCUAGGUGUUAUGUUAGUUGUAGAAAACGGACAAUAUACCAUUGGUUGCCCUUCUGGUAUUCUGAAAGGGAAAUAUAGUCGACACCAGUUUGAUUUAUGUCCUCAGAGACUCCUGAGUGAAUCUGACAUUAACAGUGAUAGCAGUGUGUUGCUUCGUCAAGCCAACAAAAAGGAGUCUCAACACGGUGGUCAGGGUUUCGUCAAGUGCAAUUGUAAUGGACCUAAGAGAUGUCGGAGUAAGCGAUGUGCUUGUUUCAAAAAUAAUGUUUUGUGUAAUAGCAGAUGUCACAACAGUGUAAAUUGUUGA